AUGGGGCAGGGAACGGGGAUUCCAAGAGGAUUCCCCGAACUAAUCCCCCCAUGGGGCGGGGAACAAGGAGUCGAACAAAAGAAGCAGCGGAAACACGGCGACGGCGGCGAAGAUGCCGCCAUCGAAGGGGAAGAAGCCUCGAGGUCUCUUCCCCUCAGAGCGCUCCUCCCCCAUCGGCCUCUCGCACUCCCCUCAACUCCAGCUCGAGAUCCAAAGACCGAGGUUGCCGGCGACGACGAGCAGCUUCUCCCUUGCAUCCUCUCCUGCGCUGCCGCCAAGUUCCCAAACCUCAUCUCAGACUCCGCAUUUUGUGCCAGAGUCUCGGAGACCGAGACCUGUCUCUCCAAGGGUGGUAAUUAUGCUAGGAUUUGGCUCUCGGAGGCCACCAUGGUCUCGUCCUCACUCUCCCCUGGUUCCUUCGUCUCUGUUUCACUUGCUACUUCAGACAAGACGUCCUUGGAAGAUGCCCCACUUGAGACAUUAGCUGAGGAGUGUGCUAGACAUUUUGGAGUUGAAACUGGGGAUAAGGCAUCUGAUGGAACAGGAAAUUUCUUUGCAAUUGCAACCGUAUUUCCUUCUCGCAAGGUUCUGAAAAAUGGAGCAAAAUUGUCAUGGGGUCUGUCAUGCACCAUGGGCUUCCCUUCCGUUGGCAGGGCGAUAUUUGUUUUCCCUGUCAGUGGGUUUUCUACAUCGCACAAUCAAAAUAUGAAUAAUUCUAUUUCUCAAUUUUCUAUAUGCAAAUGCAACGACCUUUACCUAAAUUUGGUCUUGCCAAAGAGUGUUGUGAUAAAUUGUGGAUACGAUAAAUCUCCCUUAGGCACUUCAACAGACAAGCUAACAUCACCAAAGACUCCAGCCUCUAGACCAAAGCUUUCUUCUCCUGGUGCUACUCCAGUCCAAUCAAAGAAAUCCUCAGACUAUGUAUCAAAUAUUGAUGUUUCCACAUGUCAGGACAUCUCUGGUAUUAGAUUGGCAUUGGCAGAUGAAAAAGUUAAUGAACUGCUACAGAUAUAUGCUGGAAGGUGGCUUCAUGGUCGUAGUCUUUUAAAUGGGAACCUUGUGACUGUACCGAUAUGCGGGCAUCUCUGUUUAUUUCUGGUGGAAGGUGUGAGUGGGUCACGGACAGACUGUUCUAAUCCAGAUCAUAUGUCUGAAAGGAAAUGCAAUUUACCACCUGUUGAGAUUGACAAUGGGAAUUGUAUAAAUUAUGCUGACACUAUAUUCCUGGUAGAUGCUAAAACAAAGGUCCACCUCCUCUGA